GCUGGCUUAGCCUUUGGCCGAGUUGGCAGCUGGACGAGGACGCUCAGAGCCCAGCUCUCGAGAGUUCAAGCAUCCGACGGUUCCCCACUGCUCCCAGGAGCGGUUACCCGGGCACUCUGUGCCCCUCAUUCCUGUUUGGGCCAAGGCCGAGGACCUGCGAGUAGGGCUCAGUUGCCUGGAGCCCCUUCAGCCCAUCCCCCAGUUCACUUUGCUUGUGGGAUCUCCCCAUUGCUCCUGCCCCUGGACUGAGUGUCAGGCCAUCCUACAAGCACCCGGACACUCGACAUCAGUGGUGUCAAGACAACUCUAAGAAGGUUUUCCGUCAUCCUGCAAGACCUGUGUUCCAUCCUGGUGAUUCUGCCUUCAAUUUCACUGCAAAGGUACCACAGUAAGCCAGUGCUGUGUGCUCCGAGUUCCAGGGCAUCCCCCAGCUCAGCCACUACACUGAGCACAAGGACUCUGUGGGGCCCAGGAGCAGGUAGUCACCCCUUUGGGGUCCACAACACCCGGCUGUCCCCAGACUUGUUUCCAGGGAAGAUAGUGUUGAGGGCCCUCAAGGAGAGCGGGGCAGGGAUGCCUGAGCAGGACAAGGACCCUAGAGUCCAAGAGAAUCCUGAUGGUCCGAGAAGAGUCCCCGAGGUCACCGGGGAUGCACGGUCUGCAUUUUGGCCCCUGCGGGACACUGGAGUCCUCUUUCCCUUUGUGCCCAGUCCCGGGCCUCUGCAGACAUACCUCCACGCCCAGAGGUCAGAAAUCAGAUACAACCAGACAUCCCAGACCACCUGGACGAGCUCGUGCACCAACCAAAAUGCCAUCUCCAGCUCCUACAGCUCCGCGGGAGGCUUGCUGGGGCUAAAGUGGAGGAGGGGGCCAGCAGAGCAAAAGAGCGGGGCAGGGAUGCCUGAGCAGGACAAGGACCCCAGAGUCCAAGAAAAUCCUGAUGAUCAGAGAACGGUCCCCGAGGUCACCGGGGAUGCACGGUCUACAGUUCGGCCCCUGCGGGACAAUGGAGGCCUCUCUCCCUUUGUGCCCAGGCCCAGGCCUCUGCAGACAGACCUCCAUGCCCAGAGCUCAGAAAUCAGAUAUAACCAGACAUCCCAGACCUCCUGGACGAGCUCGAGCACCAAACGAAAUGCCAUCUCCAGCUCCUACAGCUCCACGGGAGGCUUGCCGGGGCUAAAGCAGAGGAGGGGGCCAGCCUCAUCCCGCUGCCAGCUGACCCUCAGUUACUCAAAGACAGUGAGUGAGGACAGGCCUCAGGCUGUCUCUUCAGGUCACACACGGUGUGAAAAGGCGGCAGAUACAGCACCAGGGCAGACACUCGCCCCAAGGGGUGGCUCCCCCAGAUCCCAGGCCUCUAGGCCCCGUAGACGCAAGAUUGCCCUGCUGCCACGCAGGCAAGGGGAGCCUUUAAUGCUGCCACCUCCCUUAGAGCUGGGGUACCGGGUCACGGCUGAACACCUGCACCUGGAAAAAGAGGCGGCAUUCCAGCGGAUCAACAGCACGCUGCAGGUUGAGGACAAGGCCAUCUCAGACUGCAGACCCUCACGGCCUUCCCACACUCUGUCCUCACUUGCAACAGGGGCUUCUGGUGGGCCUCCCGUUUCUAAAGCACCCACUAUGGAUGCACAGCAGGACAGACCCAAGUCCCAAGACUGCCUGGGCCUAGUGGCCCCCCUUGCAUCUGCUGCAGAGGUCCCCUCUACAGCUCCCGUGUCUGGGAAGAAGCACAGACCACCAGGACCCCUGUUCUCCUCCUCAGAUCCCCUUCCUGCCACCUCUUCCCACUCCCGGGACUCAGCCCAGGUCACCUCGCUGAUUCCUGCCCCCUUCCCAGCUGCAAGCAGGGAUGCCGGCAUGAGAAGAAUGUUUUGUGUUCGAAAUUGUUUGAGGGGUUUGGGUUUAUUUUUGUUGGUUUUUUUUUUUUUUUUUUUUUUGCUUACAUGGGCAUCCUUCAGCUUCUAAUAAUCUGAAAAAUUCUAUUUACCCAUUGUCAAUGUGUAUAAAUUAAUCUGAGUCAAUUUUAUACAAUAAAAGGUGAACUUUUAUGCAUGAAACAAUAAUUUAACAAAAAAUGUACUGGAAGAAGAAUGUUCAUUACAAAUAUAGGAAACAUAAAUAUUACCAAAUAUUGGCAAGCACUAAAAUGUUCAGAAAUAUAAGUCUAUUACAGUUAUAGCUCUCUCAAGCAAAAAAAUAGUAGAGAAAAACUUAGUUUACCUUAGGGGCUAUUUAUUUACUUAGAGAUUUGUUAAAAGGUCAAAUGGGGUCACACAGAAUACUAAGAAGAGCUGUUCACCCAGGCCUCACUAAGAACUCUUCUUCAUUCAGUAGCUAUAUGGUAAUAUGACAACUGCUCCUACGACCCAAAGAGGAACUACAGCAACUACUCUUUAGCAUCUGUUGCUCCCAACUCUGCUUUGCAAUUAUAUGACUCAAGCAUUCUGGCUCCAUUAACUAUUACUGCUGUUACUCCCAAUUAAAUUCCCUCUAAAAAAUAAAAAUUUUUAAAGCUGCAAUUUAAGCUUUCUGCUGCCUCAUGACUUCAAUUCCAUCAGAGUUAUGCAUUGUUUCCUCUGUACAUCUUUGCUCUGCUUCCAUUGCUAAUUCCCUAGUAAAGUGUUGUAUAUUCAAAGUUCCAAAGAAACAGAAUAUCCAAGACAUCACCAAUCAUCCAAAACACAGUGUAGGAGGCCACAGUUAAGAGAAGCAAGACCAUUAGCUCUUUUUAUAGGCUCGAGAACAACAGGAUGCUUUGGUCCUGUAUCAGCAGGAUGCUUUUCGGGUAGAUCCUACUGCCACCCUACUAUCGGGUAGAUCCUACUGCCACCCUAGCUAUGGGCACGUGUCAGAAUCCCAUGUCAUAAAGUAGACAAAAGGAAACCACCACGAGUAUAAACUAAGAAAAGCACUCCAAGGUUUCUAAGAAUGGAGCUGUAUAACUCACUUUGCCCCAUUUGUUACUUCUCCACGGUACUUACCACCACCUAUUACAUAUAUUUUGUUUAUAGUCAGUCUUCCCUCAUUAGAAUGAAAGUUCCGUGAGGAUAGGACUAUACAGUCAGCCCUCAGUAUCCAUGGGGGACUAGUUUCAGGAUCUCCUGAGGAUAACAAAGGAUACUCAAGUCCCUGAUAUAAAAUGACAUAGUAUUUGCACAUCACCUUUGCACAUCCUCCCAUAUACUUCAUAUCAACUCUAGAUCACUCAUAAUAACCGAUGUAAAUGUCAUGCAAAUAGUUAUUGUACUAUAUUGUGUAAGGAAUAAGGAGAAGAAAAAAGUCUGUACAUGUUCAGUACAGACGCAAUUUCUUUUUCCAAUAUUUCCAAUCCUUGGUUGGCUUAAUAAACAGAUGUAGAACCCAGGAAUAAGUUCUGGUGUCCUAUUGCAUAGUAGGAUGAGUAUAGUUAACAAUAACGUAUCAUAUAUUUGAAAAUAGCCAGAAGAGUAGAUUUUGAAUUUUCUCCCUACAGAAAAA